AUGGCUUCCUCGAGAGCUGUCGCCCGGCUCGCCGGCGCCUCUGCGCGCCAGAUCCCAGCUAUGCGGACCUCGGCCAUGCCCACCGCUCGUGCCGCCUUCGCGACCUCGACAAGGCUCUCGCCUCGCCAGCCUGCCCUGAGAACCUCUCGCCAGAUCUCGCACCAGCUUGCCAGGUCGUACGCCACCGAGGGUCCUUCUGCCACUCUCGCGCCCAAGCCCAAGAAGAAGCCCGGCAAGAUCCGGACAACCUUCAAGUGGCUGCGUCGCCUUACCUAUCUCUCUGUCCUCGUCGUCAUUGGUGGCAUCGUCUACGACGGCUACAUUGACAGGCACCCCGACGAGCAGUUCGAGCCGGACCCCAAGAAGAAGACCUUGGUUGUGCUCGGCACCGGAUGGGGCUCCGUUGCGCUGCUCAAGAAGCUCGACACCAGCAACUACAAUGUCAUCGUCAUCUCGCCUCGCAACUACUUCCUCUUCACUCCUCUGCUCCCCUCGUGCACCACUGGCAACAUUGAGCACCGUUCCAUCAUGGAGCCCGUCCGCCAGAUCCUCCGCCACAAGAAGGCCUCGGUCAAGUUUUACGAGGCUGAAGCUACCAAGAUCGACGCCGAGAACAAGGUCAUCACCAUCACCGACAACAGUGAGGUCCAGGGUGCUACUGCCACCACUCAGGUUCCCUACGACAUGCUCGUGAUUGGCGUUGGCGCCGAGAACGCCACCUUUGGUAUUCCCGGUGUCCGCGAGCACAGCUGCUUCCUCAAGGAGAUUCCCGAUGCCCAGGCUAUCCGUACCAAGAUCAUGGAUUGUGUCGAGAGUGCGGCGUUCAAGGACCAGCCUGAGGACGAGGUCUCUCGGCUCCUUCACAUGGUUGUUGUUGGCGGUGGACCCACCGGUGUAGAGUUCGCCGGAGAGCUUCGCGACUUCUUCGACGAGGAUAUUAGCAAGCUCAUUCCCGAGAUCGCCCCCAAAUUCAAGGUUACUCUGAUCGAGGCUCUGCCCAAUGUUCUGCCCAUGUUCAGCAAGCAGCUCAUCGACUACACCGAGAAGACGUUCAAGGAGGAGCAGAUUGAGAUCAAGACCAAGGCCAUGGUCAAGAAGGUCACCGAUAAGACUGUCGAGGCCGAGGUUACUGGCCCCGAUGGUAAGAAGGAAAUCAUCACGAUCCCCUAUGGUCUCCUGGUUUGGGCUACUGGCAACGCUGUCCGCCCUGUCAUCAAAGACCUCCUGUCGCAGAUUCCCGCCCAGAAGGACUCGAGACGCGGCCUGGCUGUCAACGAGUAUCUGGUCGUCCAGGGUACCCGUGACAUCUGGGCUGUUGGUGACUGCGCCGUUGCUGGCUAUGCUCCUACCGCCCAGGUCGCCUCGCAGGAGGGUGGUUUCCUCGCUAGACUGUUCAACAACAUGGCCAAGACGGAGGAGCUUGAGACACAGAUUCGGGAGCUCAGCACCGGUCUCAACCUCAAGCCAGGUAACGCUGCCGAGGUCGCCACCCAGAUCGAAUCCGCCGAGCGCCAGCUCCGCCGCAUCAAGGACGUCAAGCCUUUCCACUACUCCCACCAGGGCAGCUUGGCCUACAUUGGUUCGGAGAGAGCCGUCGCCGAUGUUUCCUGGUUCAACGGCAAUGUUGCCUCCGGUGGCAAGCUCACCUACCUAUUCUGGCGCAGUGCCUACUUGAGCAUGUGCUUCAGCACACGCAACCGUGUCCUCGUUGCCCUCGACUGGGUCAAGGGCAAGGUCUAUGGACGUGAUGUCUCACGUCUGUAA